AGCUGGACUACAGUCUGUAAUUGUAGAACUGCAAAGUGCUCCUAUAUGGUAAGUGGAGCUUAGGUAAGUAAGGCUGAAUCACUCUAUGGCCUGGUUUCUCAGAGAGGGAUCAAGCCUACUUACUAUAGAUUGUAAUUCACUUUGAAUAGACAGUCUCGACCUAGAAAAUACUAUGUAGUCCAGGACUACAGUUAAUCCAUGUCUGGGAAACCAGUCCAAAAUGAUUAGCCUGUGGAAAAAAGACUGGUGGUAUGUACAGGGAAAUCGCCAUAAAACACAGCCUAUCAGUUUAACACAAACUGAACUUACAGGACCUUUAAUAUAUGACAGGUGAUGUACAUAUAAAUAUGUUCAAACUGACCGUGACAGUCUGCUCCUCUUGCUUCUUCCAUGGCCUUCUAUAUGUUCUCCGCUAGUUUACGAUUUUCAUUGAUCCACUCAUAACUAGCCUACAUUCAUCAACACAAGACACAUAGAUGUGUAAAAGUGUACGAUAAACACUAAAUACUUUACUUCCUUAAGCAAAGUUCAUAAGGUACGGUUGCCAGCCAACCCACAUUAUCUAACAUUUUAUUCCUGAAUGUGAGUGUUGUGAGAGUUGUGCAUAUUUACUGAUUAGCCUGUUUUUACAGCACCUUUUAUUGUCAGGCUGACUCAAAGUACACGGAGAAGCUCUGCAAUAUAGUGAACAAACUGAGAUGUAACCACAUAUCUUAUAACCGUAUAUCCAUAUCCAUAUGGGCUUAUAUACAGUAUUAAAGUGGUUGCACUUCAUUUUCUAAAUGCACAUAAAUUUAAUUUGAAUCUAUACAUCCAUACAUAAGCCUCUGUAUGUCAGUGCUGUAUAUUAGCACUAUAUGUUACUGUGGAGUUGCAGUGGACGGUUCCAAAGUCCACUUGAAUUGCAAUCUUACUGCCUCACUGCUUGUCUGUGUACUUUGUAGAGCAGCAGGAACAGGAUUAAGACUGUAUAGCAUUCAUUCUGUUAGAAUGGAAAAGCUCAACGACUAUCUCUGCAGAUAUAAAGGCUACAUUUUUGCAACUCAUAUGCUGCAGGAAGAGAACAUCGACUGCCUACAGAACUUCGAGAUACGACACAGUGACAUUUUUCUGGUGACCUAUCCAAAGUCAGGAACGAUAUGGACGCAGAACAUCAUAAUGCUGAUAUGUGAGUCAGACUGCACAGAUGAGACUCAAUUUCCCAACAAUCUGGAGAAAAUGCCGUGGCUGGAGUAUCCGCAGGGACACUCGGAUUAUUCCUCUCGAGCCUCUCCACGCUUCUUCGCUUCGCACCUCCCACCAGCACUCAUGCCCCCUGGAGUCAAGGACAAAAAGGCAAAGAUCGUUUACGUGGCCAGGAACCCUAAAGAUGUGGCAGUGUCUUACUUCCACUUCUGUCAUGCGUGGACAAACCUGGAGACCCCCAAGAGCUUUGAAGAGUUUCUGCAGCAGUACCUCACUGGAUACGUUGCUGGAUCAUCGUGGUUUGAUCACAUCCGAGUGUGGCACAUGCACAGAGACGAGUACAACAUCCUGUUCCUGACUUAUGAGGACAUGAUCAUGGAUCUGAGGUCGGCAGUAGAGAAGAUUUCCUGCUUUUUGGGACGAGAUCUGGACGAAGCUGCGAUCUCUCGUGUUGUGGAGAAAGCCACCUUUAAAAAUAUGAGGAAGGACCCCAAAGCCAACUAUGAGUUCCUUCCUACUGAAACUUUACAGGGAAAAUUCAUGCGCAAAGGUACAGUAGGAGACUGGAAAAACACCUUCACUGUGGCCCAGAAUGAGAUGUUUGAUUGUAUCUAUCAGGAAAAAAUGAAGGAUCUUCCAUUCAAGGUCAUAUGGGACAUAAAUUAAAGCACUUUUAUGGAAACCAUAGCAUGUGAUGAAAACACUGUACUGUACUGUGAUGACAUGUUUAGAAAUUAAAGGAAUUUUCAACUUAA